GGGACGAGGCGACGGCGAGCGGGAGGAAAUGGCGGCGGCGGCGGCGGCGGCGCCAGGCGGCACCGGGAGGCCUGGGCUGUGACGCGCGCGCCGGAGCGGGGUCCGAUGGUUCUCGAAGGCCCGCGGCGCCCCGUGCUGCAGGUUACCUAGGGUGUGAAUUAAUACAGACUUGGAAACUGAAAGAACUUAGAAUCAGCAUUUUGAGAGCAGAAGCUUGGGCAUGCUGUGAUUUUCCAAUAAACUGCUAUCACAAUGUCAAAAUGCAGCUCGGACAACAGCAACACAGAGAUCUCAAACAUUAAAACGUGAGCUGCGCUAGAGCAAAAUGCAGUGAGAAAAGCACUGGAUGAAUGAAAGCCCUGCUUUGCAGCCCCUCAGCAUGGCGGGCCUGCAGCUCGUGACCCCUGCCUCCUCACCAAUGGGCCCUUUCUUCGGACUGCCAUGGCAACAAGAAGCAAUCCAUGAUAACAUUUAUACGCCAAGAAAAUACCAGGUGGAACUGCUCGAAGCAGCUCUGGAUCAUAACACCAUAGUCUGUUUAAACACUGGCUCAGGGAAGACGUUUAUUGCCGUACUACUCACUAAAGAGCUGUCCUAUCAGAUCAGGGGAGACUUCCACAGAAACGGAAAAAGGACGGUGUUCUUGGUCAACUCUGCAAACCAGGUUGCUCCACAAGUGUCAGCUGUCAGAACUCAUUCAGACCUCAAGGUUGGGGAAUACUCAAGCCUGGAAGUAAAUGCAGCUUGGACAAAAGAGAAGUGGAACCAAGAGUUUACUAAGCACCAGGUUCUUGUUAUGACCUGCUAUGUCGCCUUGAAUGUUUUGAAAAAUGGUUACUUAUCGCUGUCGGACAUUAACCUUUUGGUGUUUGAUGAGUGUCAUCUUGCGAUCCUAGACCACCCCUACCGAGAAAUUAUGAAGCUCUGUGAAAACUGUCCAUCGUGUCCUCGUAUCUUGGGACUGACUGCUUCCAUUUUAAAUGGGAAAUGCGAUCCCGAGGAAUUGGAAGAAAAGAUUCAGAAGCUGGAGAAAAUCCUCAAGAGUAACGCUGAGACCGCAACUGACCUGGUGGUCUUAGACAGAUACACUUCUCAACCGUGUGAGAUUGUGGUGGACUGUGGGCCGUUCACGGACCGAAGUGGCCUCUAUGGCAGGCUGCUGCUGGAGCUGGAGGAGGCGCUGAACUUUAUCAACGACUGUAACAUAUCUGUGCGUUCGAAAGAGAGAGAUUCGACUUCAAUUUCUAAGCAGAUACUGUCAGACUGUCGUGCCGUAUUGGUGGUCCUGGGCCCCUGGUGUGCAGAUAAGGUCGCUGGGAUGAUGGUCCGGGAACUGCAGAAGUACAUCAAACACGAGCAAGAGGAGCUGCACAGGAAAUUUCUAUUGUUUACAGACACCUUCCUAAGGAAAAUUCAUGCACUAUGUGAAGAGCACUUCUCUCCUGCCUCACUUGACCUGAAAUUUGUAACUCCUAAAGUAAUAAAACUGCUCGAAAUCUUGCGCAAGUACAAACCGUAUGAGCGGCAGCAGUUCGAGAGCGUCGAGUGGUAUAAUAACAGGAAUCAGGAUAAUUACGUGUCCUGGAGCGAUUCUGAGGACGAUGACGAGGACGAAGAGAUCGAAGAAAAAGAGAAGCCGGAGACCAAUUUCCCGUCUCCGUUCACCAACAUCUUAUGCGGGAUCAUUUUCGUGGAAAGAAGAUACACAGCAGUUGUCUUAAACAGAUUGAUAAAGGAAGCUGGCAAACAAGAUCCAGAGCUGGCUUACAUCAGCAGCAAUUUUAUAACUGGACAUGGCAUUGGAAAGAAUCAGCCUCGUAACAAACAGAUGGAAGCAGAAUUCAGAAAACAGGAAGAGGUACUUAGGAAAUUUCGAGCACAUGAGACCAACCUGCUUAUUGCGACAAGCAUUGUGGAAGAGGGUGUUGACAUACCAAAAUGCAACUUGGUGGUUCGUUUUGAUUUACCCACAGAGUAUCGAUCCUAUGUUCAAUCUAAGGGACGAGCAAGGGCACCGAUCUCUAAUUACAUAAUGUUAGCAGAUACAGACAAAAUAAAAAGUUUUGAAGAAGACCUUAAAACAUACAAAGCUAUUGAAAAGAUCUUGAGAAACAAGUGUUCCAAGUCCGUUGAUGCGGGUGAGACUGACGUUGAACCUGUUGUGGAUGAUGACGAUGUGUUCCCGCCAUACGUGUUGAGGCCCGAUGAUGGUGGUCCGCGAGUCACGAUCAACACGGCCAUCGGACACAUCAACAGAUACUGUGCUAGAUUACCAAGUGAUCCGUUUACUCAUCUAGCUCCCAAAUGUAGAACUCGAGAGUUGCCUGAUGGUACAUUUUAUUCAACUCUUUAUCUGCCAAUUAACUCACCUCUUCGAGCCUCCAUUGUUGGUCCGCCAAUGAGCUGUAUACGAUUGGCCGAAAGAGUUGUAGCUCUCAUUUGCUGUGAAAAACUGCACAAAAUUGGUGAACUGGAUGACCAUUUGAUGCCAGUUGGGAAAGAGACGGUUAAAUAUGAAGAAGAGCUCGAUUUACAUGACGAAGAAGAGACCAGUGUUCCGGGAAGACCAGGUUCCACAAAGCGAAGACAGUGCUACCCAAAGGCAAUUCCGGAAUGUUUGAGGGAUAGCUAUCCCAAACCCGAUCAGCCCUGUUACCUGUAUGUGAUAGGAAUGGUUCUGACGACACCCUUACCUGAUGAACUCAACUUCAGAAGGCGGAAGCUCUAUCCCCCUGAGGACACCACGAGAUGCUUUGGAAUACUGACGGCCAAACCCAUACCUCAGAUCCCGCACUUUCCUGUGUACACGCGCUCCGGAGAGGUUACCAUAUCCAUUGAGUUGAAGAAGUCUGGUUUCACGUUGUCUCUCCAAAUGCUUGAGUUGAUCACAAGACUUCACCAGUAUAUAUUCUCUCAUAUUCUUCGGCUUGAAAAACCUGCACUAGAAUUUAAACCCACAGACGCUGAUUCAGCAUACUGUGUUCUACCUCUUAACGUUGUGAAUGACUCCAGCACUUUGGACAUUGACUUUAAAUUCAUGGAAGAUAUUGAGAAAUCUGAAGCUCGCAUAGGCAUUCCCAGCACAAAGUAUUCAAAAGAAACACCCUUUGUUUUUAAAUUAGAAGAUUACCAGGACGCAGUCAUCAUUCCGAGAUACCGUAAUUUUGAUCAGCCUCAUCGAUUUUAUGUAGCUGAUGUAUACACUGAUCUUACCCCACUGAGUAAAUUUCCUUCCCCUGAGUAUGAAACCUUUGCAGAAUAUUAUAAAACAAAGUAUAACCUUGAUCUGACCAAUCUCAACCAGCCACUGCUGGAUGUGGACCACACAUCUUCGAGACUGAAUCUUUUGACACCUCGCCAUUUGAAUCAGAAGGGGAAAGCCCUUCCUCUAAGCAGUGCUGAGAAGAGAAAAGCCAAGUGGGAAAGUCUGCAGAAUAAACAGAUCCUGGUUCCAGAGCUCUGUGCUAUACAUCCGAUUCCAGCAUCACUGUGGAGAAAAGCAGUCUGUCUCCCUAGCAUACUGUACCGCCUUCACUGCCUUCUGACCGCAGAGGAGCUAAGAGCCCAAACGGCCAGCGAUGCUGGCGUGGGAGUCCGAUCACUUCCCGUGGAUUUUAGAUACCCCAACCUAGACUUCGGGUGGAAGAAAUCUAUUGACAGCAAAUCCUUCAUCUCAAUUGCUAGCUCCUCUUGGGCUGAAAACGAUAAUUACUGUAAGCACAGCACAAUUGUAGUCCCUGAAAAUGCUGCACGUCAAGGUGCUAUUAGAACCUCCUCUCUAGAAAAUCACGACCAAAUGUCUGUGAACUGCAGAACGCUCUUCGGUGAGUCACCCAGUAAGCUCCAGAUCGAAGCUUCGACAGAUCUCACGGCGACCAACGGUCUUUCGUACAAUAAAAACCUUGCCAAUGGCAGUUGCGAUUUAGCUAACAGAGACUUUUGCCAAGGAAAUCAGCUGAGUUACUACAAGCAGGAAAUACCUGUACAACCAACUACCUCAUAUCCCAUUCAGAAUUUAUACAGUCACGAGAACCAGCCCAAGCCCAGCGAUGAAUGUACUCUCCUGAGUAACAAAUACCUUGAUGGAAAUGCUAACACAUCUACCUCAGAUGGAAGUCCCGCAGCGGCCACGACGCCCGGUACUAACGAAGCUGUUCCCGCGCCCCGGGACGGGAGGGCUUCUGCGCAGAGCCCUUGUCCCGGCUACUCCUCGAGGACUCUUGGCCCGAACCCUGGACUCAUUCUGCAGGCUUUGACCCUUUCAAAUGCUAGCGAUGGGUUUAACCUGGAGCGGCUUGAAAUGCUUGGUGACUCCUUUCUAAAGCAUGCCAUCACCACGUACCUGUUUUGCACUUACCCCGACGCGCACGAGGGCCGCCUUUCCUAUAUGAGAAGCAAAAAGGUCAGCAACUGUAAUCUGUAUCGGCUUGGAAAAAAGAAGGGACUGCCCAGCCGCAUGGUGGUGUCCAUAUUUGAUCCCCCUGUGAAUUGGCUUCCUCCUGGUUAUGUAGUAAACCAAGACAAAAGUAAUACAGAUAAAUGGGAAAAAGAUGAAAUGACAAAAGACUGCAUGUUGGCUAAUGGCAAACUGGACCAGGACUUUGAGGAGGACGACGAGGAGGGGGAGGAUCUGACGUGGAAGGUUCCAAAGGAGGACGCCGACGACGAAGAUGAUUUCCUGGAGUAUGAUCAGGAACAUAUCAAAUUCAUAGAUAACAUGCUAAUGGGAUCGGGAGCUUUCGUAAAGAAAAUUUCUCUUUCUCCUCUCUCAGCCACUGAUUCUGCAUACGAAUGGAAAAUGCCCAAAAAAGCCUCCUUGGGCAGCAUGCCAUUCUCCUCAGAUUUCGAGGACUUCGACUAUAGCUCUUGGGAUGCCAUGUGCUACCUGGAUCCCAGCAAAGCCGUCGAAGAGGAUGACUUUGUGGUGGGGUUCUGGAAUCCGUCGGAAGAGAACUGUGGCGUCGACACAGGGAAACAGUCCAUCUCUUACGACUUGCACACCGAGCAGUGCAUCGCGGACAAAAGCAUAGCCGACUGUGUGGAGGCCCUGCUGGGCUGCUAUUUGACCAGCUGCGGGGAGAGGGCUGCCCAGCUGUUCCUCUGCUCCUUGGGGCUCAAGGUGCUCCCGGUAAUUAAAAGGACUGAUCGGGAAAAGGCCAUGUGCCCCGCCAGGGAGAAUUUCAACAGCCAACAAAAGGCCCUUUCAGGGAGCCGGGCCGCCGCCUCGGUGGCCGGCCCGCGCUCCUCCGUCCUGAAAGACUUGGAGUACGGUUGUUUGAAGAUUCCACCACGAUGCAUGUUUGAUCAUCCGGACGCAGAUAAAACACUGAACCACCUGAUAUCGGGUUUUGAGAAUUUUGAGAAGAAAAUCAACUACAGGUUCAAGAACAAGGCUUACCUUCUGCAAGCUUUUACGCACGCCUCCUACCACUACAAUACUAUCACUGAUUGUUACCAGCGCCUGGAGUUCCUGGGAGAUGCGAUUUUGGACUACCUCAUAACCAAGCACCUUUACGAAGACCCGCGGCAGCACUCCCCGGGCGUCCUGACCGACCUGCGGUCCGCGCUGGUCAACAACACCAUCUUCGCGUCGCUGGCGGUCAAGUACGACUACCACAAGUACUUCAAAGCCGUCUCCCCCGAGCUCUUCCACGUCAUCGACGACUUCGUGCAGUUCCAGCUGGAGAAGAACGAGAUGCAGGGCAUGGACUCGGAGCUCAGGAGGUCUGAGGAGGACGAAGAGAAAGAAGAGGAUAUUGAAGUUCCAAAGGCCAUGGGGGACAUUUUCGAGUCACUUGCCGGUGCCAUUUACAUGGAUAGUGGGAUGUCCCUGGAGAUGGUCUGGCAGGUGUACUAUCCUAUGAUGCGGCCGCUGAUAGAAAAAUUUUCGGCAAAUGUGCCCCGCUCCCCUGUGCGAGAAUUGCUUGAAAUGGAACCAGAAACUGCCAAAUUUAGCCCGGCUGAGAGAACGUACGACGGCAAGGUCAGAGUCACGGUGGAAGUGGUGGGGAAGGGGAAAUUUAAAGGCGUCGGCCGAAGCUACAGGAUUGCCAAGUCCGCGGCAGCAAGAAGAGCCCUCCGCAGCCUCAAAGCCAAUCAACCUCAGGUUCCCAACAGCUGAAGCCCCUUUUUAAAGUGAAAAACACAAAAAAGCAGAAUUAAGGGGAAAACCAUUGAAAUUGACAAGGGUGAUUUCAAGUCGGUAGUGAGCGGAAUGAAUCGAAGGCAGAAUUUAAAGGUUGUUUGAUAACAAGCUAGAUUCCAGAAUAAAACAUUUAACAUAUGUAUAAAAAUUUUGGAGCUAA